AUGUCAGCUGUUCUGGAUAUGAACGGACCUGCACUCGCACCUCCAGAUGGAGUAGUACCAAAUCUGGACAAUCCAGACAACAAAAACCCACUGGCUUGGACAGUGUUGAUGCUAUGUGCCAGUAUAUCGACAAUUUGUGUUCUGCUGCGUUUCUACGGAAGGGUAGUCUUGCUGAAGAAAUUCCAGGCAGAAGAAGCCUUGAUUCUCUGCGCAUUUGGCGUGUUUUGGGGCUGUUUCUGGGCCUCACUCGGCAUGAUAUUUACUCCUGGUUAUUUUGUGCACCAGUGGGAUGUCCGUUUGCGUGACAUUAUACCAAUGACAUAUCUCGUUUUCGUUAUGGGCAAUACCUACGUCAUCGUCCUCAUGUUACUUAAGGUUGCGCUGCUGGUCGACUGGUGCCGAAUAUUGAUGCCUCGUGGAACAAGAACAAACAACAUUUUCUGGUGGUGUUGUAUUACUAUGAUAGCAUUGCAAGUUGCCGCCUGUAUUGGCAUCGUCAUCGCCAUGAACUUGCAGUGCAUCCCCCACCAAGCUAGCUGGGACUUCACCAUUCAGGGAAAAUGCUUCCCUUUAUACGACCUCCAAUUAUCUUCAGGCAUUAUCUACCUAGUAUCGGAUAUAAUUAUAUUCCUCCUUCCCCAUCGCAUCAUUUGGAAGCUACAAAUGUCGUGGCGGAAGAGACUCGGUGUCUCCCUGUUGUUUGGACUAGGAUUGUUGGCUUGCGUAGCGGCAGCGUUCCGGUUGCAAGUGACAAUCGCAGGAGGAAGUUCCACCGAUUCCACUUACCACCUGGGGGACCUCAUAUUCUGGGCCAUGGCCGAAAUGACCUGUGGCUUUUUCAUUGUCUGCGUACCCUGCAUACCCAAGAUGUUGGAGGACGCAGGUAUCCUCCGUGUGAUCAAGAAGAGCCUCGGCAUGUCGACUGGCCCGAGAGAUGUGCCUUAUUAUGCAAGUAGCAAGGGAUCCGCGAAGGCCAGUAAAUCGCGAACUCCAACCACGGAUGCAUACUAUCAACUAGACGAAGACGGUACACCAAUGGGGGAUAUGAAAGCCACUGAAUCUACUGAGCACUUGCACCACGAAAAGCGUGCUGCUUCAGGCCGCAUCAUCCGCACAACACAUCUGACAGUCAAUGAGACUCGGGAUGUUAGCGACUCCUCGGAUAUUGAACAUGAACGACGCAAGGUCGUUCCUAAAAAUGCAUGGGAUAUGUGA